AUGGUUUCGUUCAUGCCUGAUAUUGGAUUCAUGUACGGAAUCUGGCUACUUGUGAGCUACCGCGAAGGAAACGCUGGGAUUGAAGACAUGCUUACCUGCCAAUGUUUGCGAGCUUCUUGCCUCAACACUCGAGUCGCGUCAAUCGUGGAGUGCUGCGUGGCAAUUAUUCCCGGUGGUGGUACCCAUACUGCAAACCCCCUUCCGUGUUUUCGAGAAGCCAGCAUCAAAGUUACUCCGCAAGAAUCCAAAUCUGAUCGCAAGACUAAUAUGUUCGCUAUCCGCUUCAAGUACGCGACGUUUGCUAUGAAUAUGGGAUUGAAUUACCUCGGUGCCGGCUUUUCUGCUCCUGAAGACACAUUCGAUAGCUAUCAUUCUCUUGCCCAGAUUGUACAGGCACGCUGA